UGAGCUGCUCAAGAAAGUCAGCACCAUGAAACUGCUCCUGUUGUUCCUGCUCUGUGUUUCCUCUGUCAGAUCCCAGCUUUCUACUGACUAUGAUGAUGAGGACGACGCCCCUGUGCCCGGGGUUCGAGGCCACCGACCCCUGGACAAAAGGCGGGAAGCAGCCCCCACGCUCCGACCUGUGGCACCUCCCAUCAGCGGAGCUGGGUACCAACGCCGGCCCCCAAAGCCGGGGAAGGCAGGGGACAAGAAAGAGCGUAUCAUCUACCCUGACGCGGGUGGCUGCAAGCAUCCUUUAGAGGAGCUGGGAGUGCUAUGUCCAACAGGAUGUGAGCUUCAAACUACACUGCUGAAACAGGAAAAAACUGUGAAACCAGUUGUUCGUGAUCUAAAGGACAAAGUGAGCAAGCUGUCUGAAAGCUCUACAACAUUCUAUGAAUAUGUGACUGUUCUAGAAGAUAAAUUGAUAAAGAGGCAAAAACAAAGAAAAGACAAUGAUGAUGUAUUUUCGCAGUACAACUCAGAAGUUGAGCUGCAUUAUAAUUAUAUAAAGGAUAACCUGGACAAUAACAUCCCAUCUAGCCUCAGGGUCCUUCGUGCAGUUGUGGAUUCUUUACACAAAAAGAUACAAAAGCUGGAAAAUGCUAUUGCAACCCAGGUGGACUACUGUCGUUCCCCAUGUGUUGUUUCCUGUAAUAUUCCAGUGGUUUCAGGCAAAGAAUGUGAAGAUAUUAUCAGAAAGGGAGGUGAGAUAUCAGAAAUGUACCUCAUCCAGCCAGAUCCUUUCACCAAACCAUACAGAGUAUACUGUGACAUGGAAACAGAUAAUGGAGGCUGGACUUUGAUUCAGAACCGCCAGGACGGUAGUGUUAACUUUGGAAGAGUAUGGGAUCGGUAUAAAAAAGGAUUUGGAAAUGUUGCAAAGAGUGGAGGAAAGAAAUACUGUGACACACCAGGUGAAUAUUGGCUUGGAAAUGAGAGGAUCAGCCAGCUUACCAAAAUAGGGCCCACUGAAGUUUUAAUUGAAAUGGAGGACUGGAAUGGCGAUAAAGUAUCAGCUCAUUAUGGAGGUUUCACCAUACAGAAUGAAGGAAACAAGUAUCAGCUUUCAGUUAGUAACUACAAAGGCAAUGCAGGCAACGCACUAAUGGAUGGAGCUUCACAGCUGCAUGGAGAGAACAGGACAAUGACAGUUCACAAUGGCAUGUUCUUCAGUACUUAUGACAGAGACAAUGAUGGAUGGUUAACUUCAGAUCCAAGAAAACAGUGCUCCAAAGAAGACGGUGGUGGAUGGUGGUAUAAUCGCUGCCACGCAGCCAAUCCCAAUGGAAGAUACUACUGGGGAGGGACCUACAGCUGGGAUAUGGCAAAACAUGGUACAGAUGAUGGUAUUGUAUGGAUGAACUGGAAAGGGUCAUGGUAUUCAAUGAAGAAGAUGAGCAUGAAAAUCAGGCCAUACUUUCCACAGUAACCAUUAUUAAAAUGUACAGAA